AUGUUGGAUCUCAGUAUGCUAGACUGGCUCGUCAAGAGGCUCAUCGGUGGUGACGAAUUCUAUGGUCUACAUGACCCUGAAGCCAUUAUUGCGAAGGGACGGGAACUCGAUCGCAAGUCCAGCUACAUGUAUGGCAACUCCUACGAGAAAGAAGCCCGCAAGAGGGUAGCCACAUUAAGGGUAGCAAUCGGGAAUCACGACGGGGGCGGUAGUACAGGAAGGAGCAGCUAUGCGCACUGA